UUAACCUAUGUGCAGUAAGGUUCGAUCUUGCCUGUAGACGGCCGGCUAGCCAACCAGAAGCUUGCUGAGCAACCCCUCCAAGCCUACGGGCAGAGAUCGCCGUCGUAUAGUAACUUAGCACACGCGUUCCGCGGCAGACAUUCUUUAUUACAAACAACAAAAAUUAUCCAACGCAAGUCACGCGUAACCAUUAGAACCAGCGACAAUUGUUCAUCGUGUACCAGUCAAGGGACAGACGGUCCCACCUCCGGAAACGACGCUGAGCCCAGGGAGCGCGAGGCAGUGGAAGGAAGGUGAACCGGGAUCACCCAGCUGUACGGAUAUCGUCAAAACCUGCAACUGGCCAACUCAACAUAACAAUAAAUGGCACACCGAAAACUGCUGUGAUAUGUUCCAGCCUAUAUUCACCAACUACGGACUCUGUUUCGCAUUCAACAGCCUACCCCUGAACGGAAUGACGAACAGCACACUGGCUUGGCAAAAAUCUUUUAAUCCACAAUCGGCAGCGAAAUCAUUACUGUGGGGCUUAGAUAUCGGUUAUCCGAAGACAUUUCCGCCAGACGUCAAUAUGCAACCACUGAGGGUAAUGGCAUCGGGAGAGGCUAACGGCUUGGGUGUAGAACUGUUUUUAAAUACAAGCGAACAUCAAUAUGCUUGCGAUGGAAAUAGCUUGGGUUUCACGGUCUUGAUAAGCUCUCCAGCUGACCACGUCUACACCAGCACCGUACUCAGAAUCCCAAUGGACAGAAUGACCACAAUCGAAGUGUCGCCAAUAACCUACAAGACCGAUUCAUCUUUAAGGUCACUAGCCCCGUAUCAGAGGCAGUGCUCCUUUCAGAACGAGAGAAGACUUGAGCAUUACGAAUAUUACACUGACAGUAACUGUCAGCAUGAUUUGUUGGUGAAGGAGGCUCGGAGGAUGUGUAACUGUGUACUCUUCAACUGGCCAAGAGUAAGUCUGCAGGAAUCAGUCUGUUCGACUGAUGAGGAUUUCCAAUGCAUUACCAAUGUAAACGGGAAAGUUGAGGAACAAUUAAUUUACGCUUAUUACGCUGACAGCGAAGCACGGAGGGAGCAACGGGAACAAUCCAAAUCUUGUCAUCCUUCUUGCAAUGAUGUGAUCUACUCCAGCCAGGUGUUCUACUCAGACCUUAUUAGAGACUACGGCGAUGGUACACCUCAUUGGGGAAUUCCGGGCCAAAGUGAAGUAACCCAGAUCAACGUGCACUUUUACGAAGACUUCUUCCUGGGCCAACACCGCCACGCACAAUACGACGAUUAUUACUUUGCAGGUGCUAUUGGGGGACUGUUGAGUCUAUUCUUGGGCUUUAGCAUCAUCAGUGUCGCCGAACUUGUGUACUUUGUAAUCUUACGUCCUGCUUAUACUAUUUUAAAGGAAAUGUAUUAUCAAAGAAAUAAAUAAGUUUACGAGCUUUUCAUAUAAAGUUUAUUAAUAAAUUCAUUAACGUUUAUUUACAUAUAUGCCACUUUAUUUUUGAGCUUUUACUCACUCGAUACUAGAAUAGAUAAUUAAGUUGUUUAAGUAUAUUCGAUGAGCAUCAAUGUACGCUUAAAAUAAGUGAACAAAUAUAAUCAGUGACGUUGUAUUAUAGCUUAUUUAAUUGUUUAAUAAAUAUUAAACAAAACGAAAA